AAAUAUGAUGUUAGUUAAUUGCCAUCAUCAACCGGAGAGGCUUCUUCCGAAGCGCAUAAUCCUCGUCCGCCACGGCGACAGCGCCGGCGCCGUCUGAACACCCCUCACUGAACAGUUCGAUCGCACCGACUCUCAGAUCUACGACCUCGUCUCAAAUUCCGAGGAAUAUGCCGAGAGCAGAAUCAUCGGGAAUGUCGUAUCCGAGAACAGGAUUGAAGGUGAUCAAUGAGAUUAGUGAAAGGCUUUCUUGAAUCCUUAUGGAGGGACAUAGAUAUGAACAGGCUCCAUCGCAACCAACUGACGACUUUAAAUGGACAGUCAAGCGAUUUGAGCUCUUGAAUAAUCUUGGGAAUUGCGAGUUCCAAGUAAUGCAGCUAGGCGAUGGCGGAGAAUACAGUCUCGCGGUCCAACACAAUGAAGAACAAAUCCGAGAGUGGGGAUUAUCCCCUGAUAUGAUAGCAGACCAGCGGUGGCAAUCUGAAGCUAACAAGGGUGACUGGAACGACAGGCAUCGCGACAGCGAUGCUCCGCCGCCUCCACUCCUCCAGAGCCAAGAGCAGCAGCAGCGCCGCCUCGAGUAAGAGGGUGGUCCACAACAGCAAUUGCAUGUUCAUUGGUCACAGCACCAUCAACUUAGAUCCCACUUCAGCAGAUGUCAGCUGCAUAUACGGAAACAGGCCGCAGAUGCGAGGGUACCAGGUGCAGGUAUUCACUCUCAAGGAGGCCGAGAAGGCCACCAACAACUUCUGCGACACCAACAUGAUAGGGACGGACGUAUACAGAGGGGUGCUCCGCGACGGCACUCCUGCAGCUAUCAAGAUCCUCCGCGGCACUGGUAGGUCCGCGGAGCGAGCUUUCCGUUCCCAAGUAGAGCUGUUGUGCCGCGUGCGGUGUUCGUACAUAAGGGAGCUGUUGGGGUACUGUGCUGAUGAGGAGAAGAGGUUGUUGGUGCUGGAAUACAUGGCUAAUGGGUCUCUAGCAGAUCAUCUUCGACGUGGGACGUUGAAAUGGGGCACUCGGUUAAAGAUCGCUCUCGAUUGUGGUCGAGCUUUGGAGUAUCUCCAUGAGCACAUGAGCCCUUCCAUCAUCCACCGCAAUAUCAGAUCCACCACCAUUCUCUUGGAUCACACCUUCACAGCUAAACUUUCGGGUUUCGGUCUAGCCAAGAUUGGGUCAGACAAACUCAAUGGCCUCGUUUCUACGCGAGUUCUGGGCACCACCGUAUAUUUGGCCCCAGAGUAUGCAUCUACAGGGAAGCUCACCACUAAAUCAGAUGUGUAUAGUUAUGGUGUCAUUCUCUUGGAGUUGUUAACAGGACGCCUGCCUAUCGACACCACCCGCUCUCCUGGGGAGCAUCUCCUCGUUUCAUGGGCGCUCCCGCGUUUGACCAAUAGAGAAAAAGUGAUGGAAAUGAUCGACCCAGCCCUACAAGGCCACUACUCCAAAAAAGAUCUUGUUCAAGUGGCUGCAAUAGCAGCUAUGUGUGUGCAGACAGAGGCCGAUUAUAGACCUCUGAUCACCGACGUAGUCCAGUCGUUGAUGCCCCUAGUGAAGAACCACUCGGUGCCCAGCUCCUCCGGAUUCGCGCAUACUCCAAGCCCCAAAUUUUGAAACUACGAGUUCAUCACCUAUUUUUACCACUACAUACCAAUGUUAUGUUAUGUUAUGUUAUGAUGCAUAGUUGGAUAGAUACAAAUUGGAUUCUUGCAUAUAUAAAUAUAUAUACCGUAAUAACAAGGCACCAAGCUGGUUUCCACUAGGAUUCCUCACUUGCUAACCAUAUGUUUAUGUCAUUAUGUGUAUUCACUACUAAUAUGUUCCAUUUGUUGGUCAUCUAUGAGAUGAUGAACUCUUUAUUGAUGGAUACUUAAUCUAUAAAAUUGAUUUCUCUAA